AUGGGACCUUCCGAUGUUCCGAACAUUCGGAAAAAAAGCGCCGAAAUCUAUCUACACGAUUAUGAUUUGGACGACGAUAUUACUAUUGUCUCACCACCAGCGAACAAAAACAUGGUCGAUGUCGACGAUCCAAUGGAUGCGCUCAGUGCUAACCGUGAACAAAAUCGUCUUGUUGCAGCUGGAUGUCGUGGAGUACUAAAAGUGUUCAAACUCGACGAUGAAGGCUUUGAACAAGUCAUUGAUCUCCGGUCCGCUCGAAGUCGGCGCCUCAAUUUGCUCUAUUCUCCCAGCAAUGUUGCCUGGAGUAAACUGAAAGAUGAACUGAUUGCUACAACAUCUAAUAAUGGAGCCGUUGUCUUAUGGGAUGUGAACAAAGGAAGAAUAGAGAUGCACUAUAAGUCGCAUCAACGAUCAGCUACUGUUGUACAUUUUCAUCGAUCCAAUGAGAACCUGCUAAUCAGUGGCUCAAGAGAUGCGGCAGUGUUCUUAUAUGAUCUACGUGAAUCGGAACCUGUGAAAAAGUUUGGCGGUACGAAUUCCUACGAUGUAAUCAGAGAUCUAUCCUUUUGUAUGCAUCAAGAUCAACAUGACCAGUUUGUGACUUCCGAUGAUAGUGGUACCAUUCGAAUGUGGGACACUAGAAAAGGUGACAAGCCUUUGAUUCAAUUUCCGGCUCAUCAAGGUUAUGCUGCAAGCAUUGCACUCAAUCCGCGAGAAAGGCAUCUCAUCGCAUCGGGAGGUGGCAGGGACAAAUUCAUCAAGGUAUGGAAUUGGUCUAGUGCGCGUCCAAACGCACCAUCAUAUCAAGUUGAAACAAUGGCACCGGUGGGACGUGUAUAUUGGAGUCCUGAUCCAAAGAAUGCAUUUCACAUUGCCAGUUGUGCUGUCGUAAACGACAUGAGCCUUCAUAUAUGGGAUAUACGACGUCCGUUCUUACCAUAUGCUAGUUUCGAAGACCACAGUGAUAGCGUGACUGACAUGUGGUGGAGUGCUCAACAUCCAGAUCGUAUUGUUUCCUGUGGUAAGGAUGGUCUUUUGAUCCUCCACAAAAUGGACCAGAAACAAUCUCCGUUAUCUUACGCAUGUGACGUCACACUCGAUAUUGCACCUGAUGGGCUGAUUGGAGUAGCUGCGAAUUCACACAUUCCUAUUAUCAAACAGCAAGAACAUUUUUUAGCUCGAAAGAGAACCCCGUACGAUCCAUUUCGCACCCCAGUUAGGAGCCAGCUGUCUUGUGGACUUCCAGAUAAUGCAAUGAUUACUUUACAGCCGAAUGCUUUUUAUAAAUUGGCGGAAAAAUAUUUGACUGGGGGCCGCCCAUUGCGAACUCUGUGCAAUCACAACGCCAAUCUAGCCACCCUCUUAGGCCAAUCGAGUGUCGCACAAAGUUGGAGAUUGGUGGCUGCCUUACUGGAGCAGACUGGAUUGCAGAAGGUCUAUGAUCAGGACGCAGAAAGUGCAGCUGCUGCUUAUAAAACCAAAUAUAGCGACUACGUAAAGGAAAUGGAAAGACAUGGAAAGAAAGUUCCAGAGCCCUUUCGAAAUCUAACUGUUUGGCCAACAUACCUGACUAGGUUCGCUGGCCGUCAUUCUAGCCUGUUUAGAUUAAGAAACGAAGCACACCUCUGUCUUACUAGUGAUCAACAAUACGAGUUUGCUCCAAGCAAUGUGGCAUCGGGCGAUUUUUAUUUUGGAGCUGGUGAAUUGACCAAAACAACUGUGGAGAAGGGAGUUGAAAACCCUCACUACAACGACUUUACUGGCCUUAAAAAUGAAGCAUUCGCGUUGAAACCUGAUUUAUCUAAACUAAUGUUCAUGUCGAUAUCAUCUGAAGAUGACGGACAUUUGGAAAAAGAACACAUAGCUCGCAUGAACUGGAAUCCGAUGCAAGAAGUUGCUAGGCUGUUGAGAUACCACGCUGAUCAGGGUGACAUGCAAACAUGUGCGACUCUUGCUUUAGUCUGUGGACGACGCCUUUCCGACGUAAUAGACGAUUUUACUGUUGAGGCAUGGAAAGAAAGCUACAUGUCGAUGUUGGAUCAACUGGACCUACAUACAGCUAUCGCUAGCGUCAAAAAAUACUCAUGGAUUAAAAGAAUCAACCAAAGAUCACUUGAGGGCACUCAUUUUCGCCUUUCACAUCGUGGCUGCACUGGUCAGGCGUUAAAAUGUCGUUGCAUUAAGUGUUACGCGGUCUGUGGUGGAACGUGUUCGGUUUGCAACGGAGCCUUGCUGCACAUGAGCUGGUUUUGUCGAAAAUGCCAUCAUUCCGGACAUCCGCACCACAUCCUAGAAUGGUUUACGACGGAACGUGUAUGUCCUGUUGGAGACUGUUCGUGUGAGUGCGGAACGACCACAGUCCGAAGUAAGCAGGAAAGUCAGUCGAUGAUUGCAGCCAACAAGGCGCGCGAGUUGAUGCGAAUACGUCAAAAUUGCUAUUUGCCGACAACUUCUAGAAUUGCACACUUUGAAAGUUCGUCAGAAGAUGAUCCUGACGAGUCUGAUGAAGAAGCUGAGACUGUAUUGGCCGAAGUAUUCAAAACACCUGUGGAAUCGGAUACCUCUGAAUCAAAAGCAGGCACUUCUUCUCAAUCCGCAAAACAAGAAGGGAUACGCGCUUGGCCAAGAAAUAUAACAUCGCCCAUAGAACGCGAUCUACUACAGUUGUUGAAAAACCCCGUAUGCAGCACUGGUGUUGGUCGCAAAGUACGAACCAUUCUCUUUUGGUUGCAGAUCUUCCGUCUAAUCGGACCGCAUUUUUUACACCGUUAUCAAAAAAAGCAAGCAGAAAGAACAUCAGAUUUGGAAGCAGAACGCCAGGCGUAUGCACUCUAUUACCAUAAUCAAGCGAAACUAAGCAAAGAGAUUGGUGGACGAUUCUUAAACGACGAAAUCCCUGAAACUUUUGAAGAAUUACGCAGUUUUGUUUCGCCUUUGGGGUCCAGAUAUGGGCCGUUGAGUGCUCAACAAACCAGAAAUCGUGAGCACUUUGAAAAGAUACUCAAUGGAGAGAACGAUCUGAAAGAAGCCGAAGAAGUUGCGGAAUGGGAGCGCAGAUCUUUAGCCGAAUACGAAGAGAACUCCAGAGCAGCUAAAAAGAAGUUGUUGAAGAGAAAGAAGGCGAUAGAUCAGGACCAAAUGUUGUCACUGCGGCUGGCAGCAUCGUUACGUCACGGAUCGCUGAUAGCUCGCCGAUCUUCUUCCUUUCUUACGAGGUCGUAUAAAGCCCCUAACCGAAUUCGACUAGCUGCUGGAAUAUCAAGUGCUACAGUCUACGUUCUUAUUAAUCUAAAACGACUGCGAUGCGACGUCCUUUUGGAAGAUCCUUGGCUCCUCACUCCUCACAUAGUACCUGUGAAUAAAUCCGGCGAGAAACCGAUACUGGAGAAACGUUCCAUUGUCGUAAAUUUGUUCUACUUCCCAUGGUAUUUAUUGUGUGGUAGUUGGGUAUUCUUAAGAAGGGUUUUGAGGUGUUUGACACUGGCGUUUCGAUUCGUGCCGCUGGCUGCAACAUAUCCGUUGGCUAGUCGAGUCGAUACACUAAGAGAAUUGUGGUGGACCUGUGUGCUUCUUGCUAUACAGAGCAGUGGUCCUACUUUCAUCAAGUUAGGACAAUGGGCCAGCACUCGCCGAGAUAUAUUUUCUAAAGGGUUCUGUGAUAGGAUGUCGAUUUUACAUACCAAAACAAGAAGUCAACGGCAUUUUCGCGACUGUGAUAAUGUUUUGGACGAAGUUUUUGGGUAUGGGUUCGCAGAAAGUCAUAAGAAGGACGUGUUUAUCCAUAUCGAGCCGUACUCGAUUGGUUCUGGAUGCAUCGCUCAGGUCUACAAAGCUACUGUGAAUGUGCCUGCCUUGGAGAAAGCAACGGGAAGAAGAUACCCGCAACUGAGCGGCAGCGUGGAAAGGGAUAUAGCAAUUAAGGUGGCUGAACGCGGCGUUGAAGAGAAGAUCAAUCUUGACUUGUCUAUACUGCGGAAUUUUGCAAGUCUGAUGGUUAAGAUAUUACCGUCUCUUGGGUACUUGGAGCCUCUGGCUGCUUUGUCGCAGUUUGAAAUGGUUCUUCGUCGACAAGUGGAUCUCAGAAACGAAGCCAGAGCAUUACAAAAGUUUGCUGAGAAUUUUGACCAUAAAAAGACUGGUAUCAAGUUCCCAGUAGUCAUUGGUUAUACGAAGAAUGCGAUAGUAGAGACGUUCGAACAUGGAAUGUACAUCAAUCGGCUAGUCUCAGAAGAAGAUGAUCCUCAGUUGGCAGCUCGCCAAUCCCCUCGAGUACGGCGGCGGAUUGCAUUGCUCGGUGCCAGAGCUCUUCUCAAAAUGAUUUUCGUGGAUAAUUUUGUUCACGGCGAUCUACAUCCAGGAAAUAUCCUAAUACGGUUCAAUGAAGAUCAUGAGCAGCUACCCGGUGUUCAUAACGCACCUCCUAAAGAGACUAUCAUCGAGCGAUGUAAAGAAUAUGUGCGCGAUUUAAUCGGAUGGCGAGCGAAACCCCGCGUACGACUUACCGAUUCGCCAGAACUAGCCGACGAACCCACUUUGAUUAUGUUGGAUACUGGAAUAGUGGUGUCCGAGACUGAAAAGAAUCUCAGGAAUCUGAAAGCUUUGUUCAAGGCAAUUAUUGAGAAGCAGGGAUAUAAAGCUGGCGAGCUACUUCUGACUCAUGCUGAUAACAGUAGGAAUUGUCGCGAUCCUCAUGAGUUCUGCCUACAAGUAGAUAAACUUGUUUCGAAAGCAAUGAAAGAGAGAUCGCUGAGAUCGCUGAACAUUUCUGCUCUGCUAUCGGAGAUGUUUUCGCUUGUAGCAGCUCAUCGCGUCUAUCUAGACUCGUCUUUCACGUCUGUGGUCUUGUCAGUGAUGGUCCUAGAAGGAUUUGGUAGAUCAUUGGAUCCUGAUCUCGACCUUUUCCAAUGUGCUCGACCGUACUUGCUAAAUAUGGUUUAA